UUUUAUUUACGUCAGGUAAACAACAUUGCGUGUGUGUUUCUUUGAAACCAAAGGGUUCAAUUUUUCAAAAAAUUUUCCGAAAAAGAUGUUAAAAUUUUUACCAUGGCUGAUGCCGUUAUAAAUGAUAGUGAUAAAGCAACCGAAGCUGGAUUCAAUGGGAAUCAGUGGGUUAAAUUGAAUGUCGGUGGAACUUGUUUUUUAACUACCAAAACAACUUUAUCAAGGGACCCUAAUUCGUUUUUGUAUAGACUUUGUCAAGAAAACACAGCUCUAAUAUCAGACAGAGAUGAAACUGGAGCAUAUCUAAUUGAUCGUGAUCCAGCUUAUUUCAGUCCUAUUUUAAACUACCUAAGACAUGGAAAACUGGUCAUUGAUAAAGAUUUGGCCGAAGAAGGUGUUUUGGAGGAGGCAGAAUUCUAUAACAUAACAGAAUUAAUAAAAUUAAUUAAAGAACGGAUAUAUCAUAGAGAAAUUAGUGGACCUUGUAAAGAAUUAAAGAAAAGAGUGUAUAGAGUUUUACAAUGUCAUGAAGACGAAUUAACGCAAAUGUUAUCGACUCUUUCCGAUGGAUGGAAAUUUGAGCAAUUGAUAAAUAUAGGUUCACAAUAUAAUUACGGCAAUAAUGGCCAUUCAGAGUUUUUAUGCGUAGUGUCACGAGAAUUCGGUGUAUCAGGCAGUUAUAAAGAAACAGAAUCUACUGAUAGAGCUAAGGUUUUGCAGCAAAAAGCUUCUAGAAGUUAAAUGGCAAAUUGCAAGCGAUAGUGUAUAUUUGUUCUCCUUCAAAUGUACCUGUGUACAAAGUACAUGCAUUAUAGUGCGAGCGCUAAUAUACGUCGAGUGGCGCACGCUAGAGAGCUAGAAGUAGACCCUCUCUUCAGAAAUUUCGCUGCAUUUUUCAAAUGAUAGAUGUAAACGUUUUCUCAAAAUUUUUCUUUGGAUUAAAUUUUAUCUUGAAUUGAAAAAUUCAAUUGUUUUUUGGAACCAUCCAUCGGUGAAUUCAAAACCUUUGAAAAUCGCUAUUAAAAAAACGAAAAUUUUUGCUCUCUUUUCGCUUCUAAGUUCAUGAUUUUGUUCAUUCCUUUUUUCAAAUUCUCGGUGUUCUUCUCCCCGUUUUAGGAAAAAAAUUUCAACUAGAUAUCGUUCAUUUGAAGCGUCCUCUCCCCGCAACAGUGCAACGGAAAAAUUUGGGUGCGCCACCGUAUAAGUCGAUGCCAUCACAAUAACAAUAAUUGUGCCUUAUGCGUCGUAUCAGUAACUUUUUAAUCAUAUUUUGUAAUAUUUUUGUAUUUUGUAAUUAUUUAAAAAAUACAUUUCGUCACUUUUA